UUCACAAGUUAUUUGAAGAUUUGAGUGAACAUCCUAUAAAAUUCUUUCAGUAUUACCGAAUGACGAAAAAUAGUUUUGAUGAACUUUUGAGAAUAAUUGGUCCAUCAAUUACAUAUAAAAACACAAAAUGGAGAUUGUCUAUACCACCAGAAGAACGUCUAUCAGUGACUUUGAGGUACCUUGCCACUGGGAACAGCUUCAUUUCGUUACACUUUGAAUAUUUAUUGGGUGCCAGCACAAUUGGUCACAUCAUUAAAGAUACUUGCUCAAAAUUGUGGACAUGUUUACAACCAAUACACAUGCCUACCAAAUCAGAGGAAGAUUGGAAGGAGAUAGCAAAACAAUUUUACUUGCGAACGAACUUCCCAAAUUGCAUUGGUGCCAUUGACGGCAAACAUAUAAGAAUUCAGAAGCCAAAUCACUCUGGAUCUCUUUUUUACAAUUAUAAAAAUUACUUUUCGAUUGUGUUACUUGCUGUAGUAGACGCAGACUAUUGUUUUACAGCAAUCGAUGUAGGAUCUUACGGUAGUAACAGUGAUUCAAAUAUUCUGAAAAAACUCCGCACUAGGUGCAAAGUUGAUUGAUGGCAAACUGAACAUCCCUCAAGCUCAAACUCUUCCUAAUGACGAAAAUGGAAAACCUAUGCCAUUUGUUAUAGUUGGAGA